CUAAACCGGAUGUCUUGUAUCCACCAAAAGGUGUUUGAGGAUGGACAGCGCCCCAUUGGUUAACCCUGCAUAAAUAGUAAUCUUAUCAUCUGCUGAAACACACAGUGUUUACCGAGUUUAACAGAGGGUUAUCGACUGGCUGGAGGGAGAGAUAUUGUCGUCGCAGCUGCUCUCUAUGUGCGCACAACACACACCUUGCAAAGAUUGAAGAUUUGUGUGUGCGAAAAAGCGGGGCGCAUCGAGCGCGCUACACUAUAGCGAUAUCGCGUGAGCCUCGAGCCGGAGAUAAUUGUGUACAAAAACAGAAUACCGGCGCAGAACCGGAAUACUUCGCAGCGACUUUCGCGAGCCGCUGCCACUUAUACACUGUUGCCCGAGAAUUCUUUUGCGAGUCGCUACGAAGUUUGAGGCAUCAAACAUGGGCACGAACAAGCCGGUCGUCAAGUAUACCAAGCUUUUCAUCAACAAUGAAUUCGUCGAUGCUGCCAGCGGUAAAACUUUUCCAACCAUCAACCCGUCAACUGGAACAGUCAUAACCCAUGUAUCCGAAGGAGAUAAGGCGGACGUCGAUAAAGCGGUUGCGGCAGCAAAAAAAGCCUUUGCCCGUAAUUCACCAUGGCGAACCAUGGAUGCAUCUGCCAGAGCAAAGCUCAUGCACAAGUUCGCCGAUCUAAUGGAGCGCGACAUCGACUACCUGGCAAGCAUCGAGACUCUCGACAACGGCAAAACCUUCGCUGACUCGAAGGGUGACAUCUCCGCGAGCAUCGAGUGCUUGCGCUACUACGCCGGCUGGUGUGACAAGAUUCACGGCCAAACCAUUCCAGCUGACGGCGGAUUCUUCUCGAUGACGCGCAAGGAGCCGGUUGGUGUUGUCGGCCAGAUCAUCCCCUGGAACUACCCGAUCAUGAUGACCGCCUGGAAAUGGGGUCCAGCUCUAGCUGCCGGCUGCACGAUCGUCCUGAAACCAGCUGAGCAGACACCCCUGAGUGCCCUCUGUCUUGCUGCUCUCACCAAGGAGGCCGGCUUCCCUGCCGGUGUCAUCAACGUGGUGAACGGAUUCGGCCCCACCGCUGGCGCGGCUAUUGCCGAACACUUUGACAUUCGCAAGGUCGCCUUCACCGGUUCCACCGAGAUCGGUCACCUCAUCAUGCAAGCGGCUGGAAGGACCAACUUGAAGCGAGUUAGCCUUGAGCUUGGCGGCAAAAGUCCUCUAAUCAUCUGUGAAGAUGCAGACAUCAAAGAAGCGGCGGAUAUUGCCCACCACGCACUCUUCGACAAUCAUGGACAAAGUUGCUGCGCCGGUUCGCGCACUUUCGUUCACGCAAAGGUGUACGAUCAAUUCGUCAAGGAGGCCAAAGAACUGGCGACCAAGAGGAAAGUCGGCGACCCCUUCAGUGAUGGCACCGAUCAGGGACCACAAAUCGACCAGGACAUGUACGACAAAGUCAUGGGAUUGAUUGCAUCCGGAAAACAGGAGGGAGCCACUCUGGUUACGGGAGGAAAGCGCGUUGGUAACGCAGGAUACUUCAUUGAGCCUACGGUCUUUGGUAAUGUCACCGACGAGAUGAAGAUCGCCAGGGAGGAAAUUUUCGGACCCGUUCAAUCGAUCUUCAAGUUCAACGAUAUUGAAGAAGCUAUUGAAAGAGCGAACAAGACAUCUUAUGGUCUUGCAGCUGGUAUCAUCACCAAAGAUAUUGAUAAGGCUCUGGCCUUUGCCAAAGCUGUGGAUGCUGGAAGCAUCUGGAUCAACGGUUACGACCUUUUGACGGCUCACACGCCUUUCGGAGGAUUCAAAAUGUCUGGAAUUGGACGAGAAUUGGGCGAAGAAGGACUGCACGAAUACCUUGAGGUUAAGACAAUAACUAUCCGUACAAAUGCAUAAACCAAAUCUAUCUAUAAUUUCAUACUACCUAUUAAAAUAUUGAUUAUUCUAUUUUAACAAAGCAAGUGAUAAUAAACAGACUUUUUUAACUGAAAAAA